ACGCACGUGUUGCGAGCGCAUACAUCACUGAUUGAUUUCCUUAUUGUAUUGUAUUUAUUUUUGCUAUAAAAUCAACAUGGGUCUAAAUAAAAGUGCGGAUGAUAGUGGCCAGUUACAAAUGAAAAAGAAAAGGAAAAUCAAAAAUAAGAAAGUACAAAGUGAAUUUGAAGAAUCCUCGGUUCCUGAAUCAGUAGAAAAUGAUGAAGAUGUUUCUACCAACAUGGACCAAAAUGAAAGCGUGGAUGAUUGCGAUGAACCACAGAUAAAAAAGAAAAAGAAAGAAAAAAAGAAAAAUAAAGAAGAUGUCACAUCUGCAAAAAGUAAUGAAGGUGAUGAUGAAAGUAAAGGAGAACCAAAAAAAAAAGAAAAAUCAAUACGGCAAAUUAAAAAAGAGAAGCACGAAGAACGUCUUAAUUUAGCUCGAGAGGCCAGCAAACUGGAAAGUGCUAAAAAAGCAUUAAAUUAUGUUUCAAAGUGGAAACAUGCAAAAAGUCAUUGGAAGUUUGAGAAAUUAAAACAGAUUUGGUUAAUGGACAACUUUUUAAGUGACAAAUAUGUACCUGAUUCAAUGUUCCCGACUAUACUUGAAUAUUUUGAAGGAAUUAAAGGUUUGGCAAGACAAAAACUGACUGAUAAAGCAACAGCAAUAAUCAAAAAGAUAGAGGAUGGUGCUGAAGGUGUUGAGAACGAUGAAGAAGGCAAGAAAACUACCGAAUACACAAGAGCAAAAAAACUUAUUGAGGCAUUGAGUAGUAAAGAAUAAGUUGACUUUACGAUAAAAACAUUUAUUAUAAUCACAUAAAGUUGUAUAUAGAACAGCAUUAACUAGUUGAUAAAUAAAUGUCAAUGCAUUUUUGAUAUACCCAAAUAUGACAUUGUCAUAUAAUUAAGUAUAUAACAGUUUUUAAUAAUCUAUACAAUAAAAACUCUAAUUAAUUUACAACAAA